AAAGUGCAAAUUUCAACUGUUAACUGUUAACUUGACUUAUUUGGUACUAAGUAGGUGUCCUCUGUUGCAAAAACAGAACAGAACAUAUCUGUUUUUAUUUCCUUCUUUUGUGCGUCAAAACUCUGAAUGGAUUAAAUAAAUAGGAACAUUACAGCUGCACAAAUGAACAAAAAUGACCUGUGAUGCAAUCUGAUCCAUACAAGCCACUUCUCCUUCCGUUAAAAGAAAACUGAAAGGUCAUAAUGCUUAGCUUGGGGUCAAAGCAGCUACCAAUUUUGAUGCUUCAGGAUCAAAGCGUUUUCCACUACCCAUGUUUGUUUCGACCUUAUUAUUGUCGACCUGUGUGGAAAGAUCUUCAAUGGAAACUUGCCACUUGCCACUUACUUUCAGAAUGACAUCAGUCCUUUUAGAUGUAUAAACAGACAGACAUAAAUAGUCUUUACUAAGGCAUAUAACCCCAUAAUAAAGCAUGUUAGAUAAAUGGCUGCUUGAAUCCAAAUUGAAAAGAUAGUGUUUGUGAAAGUGAGAAAGCACGGUGAGGGAGGAGGGGCCAGUGAAUUGAUGUUUUACUCAGCAUUCAGUACACUUGCUGUCAGCACACAGUGACCGAGUGAGGAAGGAGGAGAACGAUUUUGUCUUUCCCUGUAUCUCACAGUGCUUGUGUGCGAUAGAAAAACGCUGUUUAAGAGGAUAUACUGAGAAUGCCAGUGUGAACAUCUGCAGGAAUUACUAAGCUGGAGCUACAAUGUCGUCCCAUGUCAAACUAAGGAGGGACAGAGUGGGGACAGCGGACUAUGAUACACAGAUUAAAGAGGUGCGUUUGCAGCUGGCGGAGCAGUUGAGGAUAUUUGACGGUCAGGUGGAGCAGAAGACUCAGGUGUUCCAAGAUCUGAUCGAUUUUUUGCGCAGACGAGGCGAGAUUGAGGGGGAGUACGCCCGCUCACUGGACAAACUGUGUGACAGGUUCUCCUCCAGAACCAGGAAGAAGGAGCCCAGCCAUCAGUCAGUGGUUAACUGCUGGCAGGUGUUGUUGAUGCAAACACGUCAGGAGAGCAGAGAUCACAGUUUCUUGAGUGACAGCUACAGCAACAUUCUGCCACAGCAGCUUUCACACUGUGUUGAGCAUGUCCAACGCCUGGCCAAACGGAGCAGAGACAUUUACACCCAAUUACAGGAUGGACUUCUGAAGGUUACCACAGAACUUCAUACGGCCUUGAAGACAUAUUUCCAAUACUACACCGAGUUCCUUUCUGCAGAAAACAAACUAAAGGAUGUAGUCAGACUGGAGGAAAAACAGAAGCAAAGUACUUCUAAAAAGAUGGAAAGACAAAUAGAGAAAAGGCAAAGUAAAGUUCAGGAGAUUCAGCUAAAGAGCACAAAAGCACGCAAUGACUACCUCCUCAACUUAGCUGCGGCAAAUGCAUGCAUGAACAAAUAUUACCUUCAGGAUCUCUCCACUCUCAUAGAUUGCUGUGACCUGGGUUACCACCAGUCCAUAUCCAAGGUGUUUCGUUUUUACCUGGCCAGUCGCCAAUGGGCCCAGCAGAACUUGAGCGCUGGGAUGAAGCAACUGGACACAACUGUGUCAGAACUGAGCCAGAACCAGGACAGAGACACUCUCAUGCAGGCCAACAUCUCAGCCUUUUGCCUGCCCCUCCGCUUUCAGUACCAACCCUACGAAGGCGACCAGGUGGCUGAGGUGUCUGCAAAGUAUGAGAUGAAGGGCGAGCUGGUGACUCGCUUCCAGCAGCUGCAGUCCAGGCUGUCUUCAGUCACCACAGAUGUUGAGGAGUCUAGCAAAAUACUUCAGUCAGCUCAGUCUUCAAUGUUGGAUGGUAUUGUCGAGGACACCUUUGCAUCUACCCCAGACUUUCCUAGUUGCUCAUCAUCACCAGAGGGGAACAGUGAUAUAUCAGUCAGUAAGACCUCUCAGCUGAAACGUAGAGCCAGCCUUCCGGACACUGAGAUUUUGUACUUCUCGAAAGUCAGGGACCAUCUAUGUAACAGCUCUUUAAUAUCAAAACUGGAAGCCAAACAUGACCUGCUAAAGGUUGCCAUUCAGAAAGCUGAAAGUGUUGACAGUAAUCAUUCCAGAGUAUGCUCCAAAAGAUCUGUGCGUCACAAAAAGAGUCACCCUGGUACCCAGAUCAGCCAGAAGCUUUUCAAUGGGGAUCUACUAUCAUACAUCCAAGCAUCGGGACAGCUCAUUCCUGCAGUGGUGGAGAGCUGCAUUCGGUUCAUCAACCUCAAUGGUUUACAUCAUGAAGGAUUGUUCAGAGUGCCAGGAUCUCAGACGGAGGUGAAUCAGCUGAAGGAUGCGUUUGAGAAAGGCGAUGACCCACUCGCUGAUGGGAGGUGUGACAUGGACACUGUGGCUGGUGUGCUGAAACUUUAUUUUAGAGGACUAGAGAAACCCCUGUUUCCUGAGGACAAUUAUGAGCAGCUGAUGGAGUGUGGGCAAAUAGAUGAUGAGACAAAAAAGGUAUCACAGCUGAAGUGUGUCAUCUCCUCAUAUCCGGCCUCACUCAUCAUUGUAAUGAGAUAUCUUUUUGCAUUCCUUCACCAUGUCUCCCAGUACAGUGACGAGAAUAUGAUGCAGCCCUAUAACCUGGCAGUGUGUUUUGGUCCCAGUCUGGUGAGGGGGCCAAACAACGGUGAUGCAGCAGAGCUUCAGCGCAUCAACUCACUGGUCAAGAGCAUCAUUAUCCAACACGAGACUAUCUUCCCUACCCAGAAUGAAUUGCCUGGGCCAGUGUAUGAAAAGUGCAUGACAUUAGAAGACGAAGACUGUGAGGCUGUGGCAGAGGAAGGAGAUGGAGAAUCGGAGCAAUCGCAAAUGAAAGAAGCAAAAGACGAGCUGCAGGGAGUAGCCUUGUUUGACUACACAGGUCGUUCUUCAGCUGAGCUGUCCUUUAAACAAGGAGACCGUCUCAUCCUAUACAGCAAAGCCUCCUCUGAUUGGUGGAGAGGGGAGGUUAAUGGGACAAAGGGUCUCAUCCCAUAUAAAUAUGUCAGUGUGUCAUGCGUGGAUGGAGGCCAAGAUCAGAAGGGGAAGGAAACUUUGAAAUUCAGCAGUGGCAGACAGCAGACAGAAGAAGAGCCAAAAGCAGAGCAAAGUACACGGCUCAAGGUCACAAGUGACAAAGUGGGAGUCGGGCCAAGUCAUGUCACUUCUGGAAAGGUUUCAUUACAAAUACCCACAGGACAAUAUGCACAGCCAGGAAAUUCUCCCGGAGCUCUGCGGAAAACAUUAGACCCUCAAAUGAGACGUUCCACUGCCGACGGAGGAAGCGGAGAGGAAUACUCAACAGAAGUGGAUAAGGAUGUGCAUCACAUGAUGCACUCAGUGUUUAAGGAGCUCCUCGUUCGCCAAUCUUCCCCAGAUCAAAACACAUCUGCAUCCUCAGAGAUCACCUCUGUGCAAACGCCUCCAAACAAAGGAUCAGGAUGGAAAGGAAAGGGUUUAUUUAGAUCAGCUGACCAUACAGACUGAAAAAAA